AUGAUUACGGCGUUCGGUAAGUAGUGUAACGUACUGGUUUGCGGUCGUUUUUUACUACGGUUUCUUAGUUUUUGAAGGACAGGGAUAGACUUUAAAUUAGAUUAAACAGUAUUUUUGAUGAGAAAACGAAAAAAGUUUUUAACUCAUAGUUUAAAAUUCAUGGCAUUAUGGUUCUUUUGUUUCCUUAUCUUUUAUGUGUAUUUUGACAUAGGUUAAUAUAAUACUUUUAGUGUUACUCUUCAAUAUUUUUAGUGUUAUUUUUUGCUCCAUUAGCCGUUGCCAUUCCGAAACAGUUCCAAGCCAAUUGUGACAUAAAUCCGAACCUGCCAUUUUGUGACAAUCAGAAGCCAGUAGCGAAAAAUAAGGAUGAAUCCAACGAUCAGGUAAGGUUAAUUUUUAUUUCAUCACAAAUUGUAAUCUUAACAAUUUAAAUUUAUUUUUUAUCUCAAAUUGCAAAUUUCAAUAAAUAAAAUUUUUUUUCAACUUUCAUUUGAAAUUUUUCAAAAUUCUAGCGUGCUUGUAACCAAUUACGCUCAGAAUACUACAUGAACUGCACCGGUGUCAAGAAGAAGCGUGAUGAAUUCUGUGCAGCAUACGAGAAUAUUUGCGUAAGGGGCGACCUAGCUGAGUUUGGUCUGAAUGAUGAAUCAAGCUCUAAAACAAUAAAGAAAUCGAAGAAACGAAAAACGAAGAAGAAGCCUGUCAAACAUACAGUAGGCCCGAAUCAGAAGGUCGAAAACGUUAUUAAAAUUGAAAGUGGCAGUACUUUCAACAACGAAGAUGACUAUUUGAAACCAAAAAAGACCUUGGAAUCUCCAUUUGAUUCUGAAUCUGAGAGUAGUAGUUUGAAGGCUAACAGUAGGAAGACGGAGAACAGAAGAAGCACGAAAGAAACGGUAGGAAGAAAGAACAAAAAACAAGAAGAAAAUGAUGAGAAGGUCGAAGAAGACGACAAUGACUUGACUACUACUACCAAAACUACAAGAUUUAACAGAAAACAAAGUAAUUCUGAAGAUGAUGCACUUACUACGUCAUCAAAAACGUCAAAAGCAGCAAAAUCAGUCCAAUCUUCAUCAGGAAAAAUUGACCAAGAAUCAUCAGCGACUUCUAGAAAAGCUACAAAAUCAUCCAAAACUUCUGAAUCCUCCAAGCCUUCUGAAACCUCUGAAAAAGGUGAAACAGAAGAGAAAGACUACAGUGAAUUCUGUGCAGAAUACAAACGUCGCUUCCUCUACGUAUGUCCAGAUCCCUUUAGAUUUGGCCAACGUGCUGCCGUCUUUUGUCCAGUCUACGCGGAACGAUGUCAUGUACCAUUACCCGACAAGCCAAUAGUACCAACGGACCCACCACCACCGACUUCAGAAGAUCUUGUAGCCCAGAAUCCAUUCGCUCAACAAAUCUGUAAUCAAUAUCAAGGAUUCGCGGCUAGUUAUUGCCAGAAUCUGGCGGCACUACAGAUGGGCGUGGUACGAGAUGGCUGCAACAAGUACCAGAGGUAUUGUACUAAGCGAGGAGGUACGGUUCAGAAUGGAAGUAACAACUUUAAUCCGUGGAAUCGACCCGUCUCUCAACCACAAAACUUUGUAGCGCCUUCACCAUGGUCUACACAAGUGUCGUUUCAGCCACGGCCGUUUCGUAUGUAAAUAUUGUUUAUAAGGUAUCAAGAUUACUAUAAGGUACAUCUAUAUGUAGAGGUGGUUUGCAAUCGGUCAUGUUUAGAACUUUUUUAGUGUAUUUUGCCACAUAUUUUUAACUUAUUAUGUUUAUACGCUUUGUUUUUAAAUUUUUUUACGUAAAUUUUCAAAAAUUUUCAUUUUAAUGUUGUGCUACCAUUUUUGAUUAUCAGGUUAUUAUUUUUUUUUAUAUUUGAGUUAAUAAAUCACUUUGUGUAAAAUACGUACAGUGUAAAAACAAUAUAAUUUUUUAAAGUUAAUUUUCCGCAAUUUUUGUAAAAUAGACGGUCGCUGACGUCUUCAAGGCUGUGUUGUCCUAAAAAGAUGACUCAAAAAGUCGUAAAACAAGCUCGACCUCAUCCUCGUCUCGAAUUCUAAUAUUGCGACUCUAACCAAACAGAAUGCUUCCUCUACUUCUCAUCUUACUGUAUCUACACUCUGUUAACUGUAUUCAAUGUUACUCUUGUGCAACUCCAAUUCUAAUCGAUGAAUGGGAAGCGACAGGGCUACCUGGUCAUCCUUCGAACGAAAGUUUCUUCAAUGCUGAAUGUGAGAAUCCGAGAGGAGGUAUUGAGAAGUGUGAAACCAAUACUGCUUGUUAUGAAGCUUCUUUUGCUGUUGGUAAGGUGCUAGAGUUUGGCUACUGCAACUUUUUAUAUUAUUAUAAAAUAUGAGAGCAAUGAGUCAACGACCCUUUUUAGUAUCAUAUAAUAUAUUUACUUAAUUUGAUAAGUUAAGUUUAGUUGUCGACAGAUAACUGCAAGCCAUACUAUCAUACUUACAGCCUACCAAUACGCCAUAGUACGGGGCUGUGUAGAACAGUUUACAGGCGAUAACAAAGACUUUAUCCAAACGUACACGCCGUUCUGUGAAUAUGCUCAAAGUUCAACUCCUAUUUAUACGGAUACCACCGAUCAUGUUGACGCACCAUACAUCGGAGUGAAGAUAUGUAACACCAAAGAUUGUAAUAGUGAAAUUACUUCACACGCAGCUACUAAAGCACAAUGGGGCUCUGAAAAUGGAGUUGUGUGCAAUCUCAAGACUUGUAAGCUAAUGUAACCUUUUUUUAUAAAAAGAGGGUUAAUAGUUAUAAAAUGAGAGUUUACAAUUAAAUCGCACUAUAUUUAGUGUUAUGUGAAUGCCUAACAUAUUGCUGAUAAAAAUAAUGUUAUUUUUAAAAUUUAUGAGGAAAACAUCAAUAGACAAGCUAAUAAUAACCUAAUUUAGCUAUACAAUGCAUAAGUUGCAAGUACUUUGAUGGUUAUGGACAUUGCUGGUGGGAUACGCAAAACUUUUGUACUGGUGCCUACUGUAUCAAAAAUAUUGGCACUGUAAAUGGUAUGUUAUACGUUUUAAUGUAAAUACAAUUCUUAUAUAUCUCUUCUAUAAAAUGUUGGAAUACAAAAACGACAAAACAUUUUACUAUUAUUAUAAUACUUUAGACAUAUCUAAAGGUCUUGUUUAUGUUUAAUACGCAACAUUUUAGGCAGAAGAUACGAAAUUCGAGGAUGUGCAGGUAUACGACCCUUGCAUGUCGACUAUUGCUAUGACUUUGAAGAUGAAAAAGAAUUGUUAUUCUUGGGGGAACACUUGGCCCUCAAGACCAAGGGUACUCAAUGUGUUUGUGAUGGCGGAAGAUGUAAUGACUCUCCUCCACGAGUCUCUAACACUAUUUCUUACAUUUUUACAAUAAUUAUCAUGGUGAUCCUCACUUUAACUAACAUUUGA